GCCAUGGCCGCGGUGCCCGCGGAGCGGGAGUGGCCCCGCCGGCGGGAGGAGCGGGCCGGGGGGGCGAAGCGGCGGCGGCGGGAGGAGCCCCCUCAGGAGCCCCCGGAGAGGCCGGGAGAGCCCCCGCGGGAACCCCCGGCCGAGCCCGGGUACCUGGCGCUGGCCCGCGGGCUGCUGGCCGGCGGCGCUCCGGCCCGUCGCAGCCCCGCGCCCUCCCGGCCCGCCGGGGAGCCCGCGGGGGACGGAGCCAGCGAUAGGGACGAUCUGCUGGGGCAGCUGAUCCGAGACCUGAAUGAAAUCAAUGAGGUUCCUUUCUUUGAUGUCCAGCUGCCUUACGAGCUGGCACUGAAGAUAUUCCGGUACCUGGGCAAGGCUGAGCUGGGAAGGUGUGCUCAGGUCAGCAGGACAUGGAAAAUCCUUGCAGAAGACGAAGUGUUGUGGUACCGGCUGUGCCAGGAGGAGGGAUACCUGUUGGAUACGAGCAUCUCCGACCAUUCCUGCUGGAAGCUUGCCCUCAAAAACUGCAGAGCCAGAGAACACAUGUUGAAAACCAACUGGAAGAACCGCGUGGGCGCCGUGAGCCAGCUGCGCUACGAGCCCGGCAGGGUCCUGUGCGACGUCCACUCCUGCGACGGAGUCGUCAUGGCCGGGUACACCUCGGGAGAGGUGAGGCUGUGGGACACCCGCACCUGGGACUACACAGCCCCCGUGCUGGCAGCAGUGGCGGGCCCUGGAGGGGCUGGAGCCCCGCCACACGUCUCCUUUGUGAGGAUAAACAGCUCCCUGGCUGUGGCAGCCUACGAGGACGGGACUGUCAGUGUUUGGAGCCUGCUGUUGGGGCGGGAGCCGAUCCAUCACUUCCAGCACAACCAACGCAUCCAGGCCUUAGCCCUGGCCCCGGGCGGCACCGCGGUGGCCACGGCGUCCGGCUUCGAGGUCAAGGUGGAGAGCCCCGAUGACAAAGGAUUCUGGCAAACCCCAGGAACAUUUGAAAUCCAGAAAUUGGUCAACUUCCUUAAUCUGGUUCCAGAUGUCACGGGGAGCCCAGUGGCAGUGGCAGCUGCAGAGGACAUUGUCUAUCUCCUGAAAGCAGAAGAUCCUGGCAAAGUUCUCCACUCUGUCUAUGGUCAGCCUGUCACCUGCCUCGAUGUGUCUGCUCAUGAAGCGGCCUUUGGCAUCAAAACCUUUGGCUGGUUAUUGAAUGAGCCCAACCAGAUCCUUCUUUACAACCUGGAAACCAACCAGUGCGUGACCAAGGUGGGCAACUCCAUAGGUGACUUCUCAUGUGUCAACCUCCACAACAGUCCCCCCAACAUGCUGGUGGCAGGCAACAAGGACAGAAGGGUGAGGGUGUUUGACGUGCGCCGUGGCGAGGCCGCGUGCUCCCUGUACGCGCACCAGCUGGGGGUGUCUGCGGUGCAGAUGGACGAGUGGAAGAUCGUCAGCGGAGGGGAGGAGGGCCUGGUGUGCGUGUGGGACCAGCGCAUGGGCACCAAGCUCUGGGAGAUGCACGCUAGACAUCCCGUCCGCUACGUGUGGUUCAAUUCCCACAGUCUGAUCACUGCCAACAUCCCCGAGGAGAAGAACCCCCGAGGCUCCAGCAUCACUGACGACGACCCCAGCGUGCACCGCAAGUACCGAGGGAUCAUUUAUUCCUAUGAGUUCUCCGUGGACCAGCUGGCUGUGGAGAGCGUCCUCCCCAUCUGCCGCUCCUCCUACGACGAGCUGACAGGUUACAACUACAACAUCGGCCUGGCAGUGCCCUACGACAGCAUCUAGGGGACCCCUCGGCUUCUGGGGCCAGUCAGGGCCACGGGUGAAGGAAAAUCCAUGUGGGACAAGCACCCAAAAGUUGGUGUUGGCUGCACCAGUGGGCUGGGAUUUGCCAAAGGCCUGGGGAUGUGAACCCAAACAGAGCGUGGCUGCCCUGGAGCAUCCCUCUGGAAUGUGGUGUUCUCUGGACAUGUCCAGGGGUCCAGCCUGGUGGAGUGCAGAGGCUGAGGAGGGAAAGGGAGCACUGCAGGGUAAACAAAAGUAUUCCUGCUGCUUGUGGGAAAGAUGCUGCAGGUCCCGUCUUGGUCGGGAAGCCAGAGUGGGACACUGGAGGGGUGGGAGGCUGGGAGCUCUCUGAGGAGUUCUGGCCUACCCCAAGAGGGAAAAGAAUCACCAAGGAUUCGGGAAAAGCAUGUGCUGAGCCACAUGUUUGAAAUGUCUUUCCUGGUAAUGAGCUGCUCAUUUUUGUUUUCCUUGGAGUGCAUUGGAAUGUGCCUGGGAACAGGACAGGACCAUGCACAAAAGGUUACAGUGGCUGGGAGAGGGAUUGGGAUGGAGAGAGGGAGGGGAAGGUUCCCUAGGCCAGGCUGGAUGCUUGGGAACUCAGCAGGCCACACACACAUCAAAAUUAUUUUAGAGUAAAUUAUUUUUUUAAUUCUUUAAAAUCCUGGAUUAAAUGUUUUCUAAUUGUAUAUGUACCUCUAUCUGUGGGAUUUUGUUCCUGAGCCUUUUUGGGUGAACUGCCCCCUGUUCACUGGGACAAAGGGCUGGCUCAGGUUGUCAGGUGUGUUCUUUGCUGGAUCAUGUCCUUCCACAGCACCUGGAGGGUUUCCAGUGCUGUCCUUGCUUCCAAGCUGGGAAUUGAUCAUGGAACAGCAGGGAUGACGUGGCUGCAGUGCCGUGCCUGGGUAUUGAGCCCCAAAGCUGUGGGGAAGCGGCAGGUGAAGGGCAGGAGGUGCUGUUCAGGUGGAAGUGAGGGGUGAGGCUUUGCCUUAAGCCCAGGUAGUACUGACAGGUAAAACCAGUUUGGGGAACAAGAGCUCCAGUCCUGCAUGGAUCUUUUUACUGAUGUAAAAUGAUUUUAUUGUGAUUUGCCCUUGUAAAACUCACUGGUGCAAAGCAAAGCUGUGUCACUUCUGUUUAAGUUGAGGUUGAGUUUUAACUCGGCACCUUUUUCCUGGCUUAGUGGAAUCAGUGCCGAGUACUGGGGAGAGGCGUGGGAAUGUGCCCAGGCCUGCGGGAGAGGGGCUGGGCUGGCACUUCAGCCCUGUCCAGUCACUGAGGCAGCCCUCAGCUGCAUUUCACAGCUCUUCCUUCCUUUCUCGUGACCCCUAAGCCAAAAUUUCACAUUUUAGGUAUUUAAGUUACCUUUUCCCAUGUGAAGGAUACGCAAAAAGUGCAAGGGGCAAAGCUAUUCUGUCUGACCAAUAAAUUUGAUCUCUCAUAAA